AUGGAGUACGAAAACGAGAAUGGGCGCUAUGACGACGACCGCCGUUAUGAACGCGACCGCAGUGCGUCUCCCCGUGGAGAUUCGCGCGCAGAACGCACCCGCAGCCUCUCACCGAACGGCCGUGCUGACGACAGAGCUCCACCCAGUGACAGCCGCCCCAAGGACGACGAUGAUGGAGCCGUCAACACUGGAUCGAACCUGUUCGUGACCGGCAUCCAUCCUCGCCUGACUGAGGCGGACCUUUCGCGUUUGUUCGAGAAAUAUGGCGACGUGGAGAGCUGCUCGAUCAUGGUCGACCCGCACACUAAGGAGUCUCGCGGAUUUGGGUUCGUGAAGAUGACGACUCCCGAGCAGGCUGAUGCCGCCAAGGAGGGUCUGCAGGGCGAGGUCAUCGAGGGACGCACGCUGAGCAUCGAAAAGGCUCGUCGCAGCCGUCCCCGAACCCCUACUCCAGGCAAAUAUUUCGGUCCUCCAAAACGUGGCUACCGUGGACCCCCGCGUGGCCAUGAUCGCUAUGAUGACCGACGUGGCUACGGCGGUUCCCGUCGCUACGAUGAUUAUCGCUAUGGCCGCUACGAUUCUUACGAUCGCCGGAGUGACUACGGACGGGGCUAUGGUCGCGACUAUGGCCGUGACUAUUAUAGCCGUCGCGACUACCGCGAUGACUAUAGCUACCGUGGCGUCGACCGCUAUUCGGGUCGUGAGGAUCGGUACGGCCGUGGAGAUGACCGUCGUGACGAGCGAGACGAUCGCCGCAGCUAUUACGACCGUGAUGCAAACCCUCCGAGUUACGACCAGGCUCGCGAUUCCCGCGAUGCGUAUGCUUCUCGCUCCUACGAGGGCCGCGGUGAUGAGAGAUACGGCGGAAGGUAG